AUGGAUGAAUUUCAACUCAACUUCCCACAGUUCACAACAAUGAACACUACAAGAGCAAAAAUAAAAGAUAUAGCACAAACCUGUGUCCAUGCAUGCAUGCACCUCAGGCAGCAGUUGCAAUUCGGUUCGAAUUAUACGACAAACGGCUCAAAUAAUCUCCGAGAAGCCAACACUCUGCCGCAAGCUACAGAAAAUGCUGUGAACAAGAUUACGAGCGAAGUCCAGAAAAACCUCAACACAAGUAACGGGUCCUUCCUGGCAGAGUUGAAGUGCUUAAAGAAGAUAAUUCUGAGCCGUCGAUCUCUGAGGACGGUUUCGUAUUCAUUGCCAUUCGAUUUUAUCAGUGGUCCGUGGGCCCCACCUGGGACCAGAACCGGGCUACGGAUUCUGGCAAAGGAGAGGCCUUUCUGUAUAGCUUCACACAUCCAUAGGAAAAGUACAUCGGCAGCAAUUUUGCAUAUUUGUUGGCGAAAGGGACUUGCCUCAUUCGAGACGAAUGCUCUUACCAAUGAAGCUCCAUCCUAUUUCAUUCAAAAAAAGAAAAAAUCGGUAACUGGAAAAACAGAAAAAAUUGUGGAGAUAUCAACACCUUCAGAGAAUCCAUAUGGUAGAAUGUAUUUAGAAGGCAACUGUCAAGGGCCAGCUGAUAUCUACAGCAAUCAUAAGCUUAAAUUAACAAGCAGGAAAAGGACCAAAAUAAAUAUCCCAGAAAAGGAUACUACCAUGGUCUUACAACAUCCAUUUCAAUCAAAUCCUGCACAAGGUUUGCCCAAUCGCAAUUUACUAAGUGCACAAUGGAAGCAAGCAUUGCAAAUUGGUGUUUCUUUUCCAUCCGACAGAGCAACCCAAAAUCAAGAAACCUAUCAAAAUAGAGUUGACACACCCAAAUUUCAGGAACACUCAUACCAGAUCAAGAAGCUUUCGUCUAGACUCCUGAGUGGACAUAGAUAUUAA